CUUCCUCGCUCCUAAUAUAGACCCUGCAGCUUUACGCGCAAGUGCGCUCGACGAGCGUGCUCAAAUCAGACGGACGUGGUGGCGUAAACUGCUCGAGCACAACGCUAUCGCGACAUACGUGCACCCACCAUGGAGUUUGUAAAGCAGGCGGUGCUUCCUGUGGACAGUGAGUUGAAUAGUUCAGCUCCAGACUCAGCCGACGAAAACUACCUGAACUUUAUGAAGAAUCACUGUUGCUAUGACGCUACUCCAACCAGCUGCAAACUGGUUAUUUUUGACACCACUCUGCAGGUGAAGAAGGCCUUCUUUGCACUGGUAGCGAACGGUUUACGCGCAGCGCCACUCUGGGACAGCACUCUGCAACGUUUUGUGGGUAUGCUGACUAUCACCGAUUUUAUCCACAUCCUUCACCGUUAUUACACGUCCCCAAUGGUUCAGAUCUACGAGCUUGAGGACCAUAAGAUUGAGACAUGGAGAGGUGAUUCAUUUCAAAAUGUUUACCUCCAGUACCAUGACCGAAGUCUUAUCAGCAUCAGCCCAGAUGCGAGCCUUUUUGACGCUAUCUACUCCUUACUGAAACACAAGAUCCACCGGCUGCCGGUUAUUGACCCUGAGUCUGGAAGUGUCCUUCAUAUUCUGACACACAAGAGAAUCCUCAAGUUCCUCUAUAUAUUUGGAGCUGUGGUUCCGAAGCCAAGAUUUCUGCGGAGGAAGAUAUUGGAGGCUGGCGUGGGAACGUUCAAAGACAUUGCCACGGUGCAUCAAGACGCCACUGUCUACGACUCGCUCGCCACAUUCGUGGAGAGGCGUGUAUCUGCUCUGCCGGUGGUUGACGAUGAAGGGAAAGUGGUCGCUCUGUACUCCAGAUUUGACGUGAUUAAUUUGGCAGCACAGAAAACCUACAACAAUCUGAGCAUGACCAUGCGAGAGGCAGUGCAGCGGCGGCAGUGUUUUAAUGAGGGUGUUAUCAAGUGCUACCCAGAUGAGAUGCUGGAGACUGCCGUGGACCGGAUUGUCGAGGCAGAGGUCCACCGGCUGGUCCUGGUGGACCGGGGCAAUGUGGUGCAGGGAAUCAUCUCCCUGUCAGAUCUCCUGCAGGCUCUGGUUCUCUCUCCGGCAGGCAUAGACGCUCUACAUUCCUAGCCAGGCAUCUGGACAGCCCCCACCCCUUGGGCUCUGCCCCUUGCCCUCACAUUCAGCGGCCCCUCCCCUCGAACACCGCAGGUAGGCCGCCACCUGCCUGUGCUUUUUUUUUUUUUUUUUUCACCUCUAGGGCCACCUGUAAUCCCAGACCUCAAAAACGACACUUUCUUUGGACAAUGUAAUGUUUGGGACCCCUGAACAUUGUCCUGUUCAGCAAGAGUGGUUGUCACCAGCAUGAACCAGCAGGCUUCUACAACUUUUUUGUCUUCUAAUUCUUUCAUUACAGUAUCAUAUGAGGCGAGUGAACUUUUCCCUAAGAUUGCUACACUGAGAACUGGAUUACUUUUCUUAAAACUGUCUGCACCAACAGAUAAUGAGUACAGUUACGGAACUUGCUGCCCUGCACAGUGCUAGGCAACACAAGCCUCUAUGUAACCCCUGCACACACAACUGGCACUGGAUGUGCAAGUGCCAGUGAUCCUCGGGGGUGGGCGUCUGGGAUGUGACCACGAGUUCCUUUUGUCAUGGCAGGAAUUGAAUGCCGAACGGCAGUCAUUGCGUGGUGAGUGAAGCCACGCAGCAUGUGCUGAGACGAGAGACAAUUGCUUAACCCUCCCCAUGACUGCUGUUAUCGUAUCAGGUUAGAGACAGGCCGUGAGGUACAAAACUUAGUUUUCUUUUCUUCAAACAUUCUUUGUCUGAGGUUUUGCAGAGAAAUGGUAUUUUCUAAUUAAGUGCUGGCUGGUGUUUUGAUAUGACAUGCCAUGAUGAUUACACUGAAGAAUGAAGAGGAACUUACGGGUAUACAACUGUUUUUCACUGCAAAUACUUUGUUUACAUAGCUUUAGUGAAAUAUUGGCUUGCUAAGUAUGUUAUGACCUGAAAUGUGAAUGAAUUAAAAAAAAGUUACUAAGUACUAUUUAUAAGUAUUGCAUAAGUAGUCUUUGUAUAUGUCUGGUAUGGGCGAUGAGUAUUGCACAAUAACAGUCUCAGUUACACUUAGUGAAACCAACCUCGUCACCAUUCGUUAUUCUAAUGUGUUUUAAAAUGCCAACUUUUAUGUAUGCUUAGUAUGCUUUAUGUGCUGUGCUUAUUUCACGUUAAAUCUAGUUUGCCCAACAGAAAUAAAUGUGCUGCUGAUGUAUUU